CGCGUGGACUCCGCAGCGCGGAAGUAAGGUCUAUAGAAUUGGGGUCCGGCCGAGAUGCCUGGGUUCCAGGCCGUGCUGUUGGGGCGCUGCACAAGUCAUCCAGCUGAAGGAGAAGUCCAGUUGAACUGACUCUUCUCACGAGUAAUUGUUCUUUGGAUUUUGCAACUAAAACCUUUUAAAUAUGAGUAAACAAACAUUGGAAACAAAACAGCAGCGCAAACUUCCUGAAUGGAUGUCUUUGCAGAAGAGUUAUAAUGUAGAAGAAAGAAAGGCAUCUAUUCAGAAGAGUGUUUUGGAAGAUCACCUCCCCUUCUUAGAAUUCACUGGAUCCAUUGUGUACAGUUAUGAAGCUAGUGAUUGUUCUUUCCUAUCAGAAGAUAUUAGCAUGAGUCUGUCUGAUGGAGAUGUGGUAGGAUUUGACAUGGAAUGGCCACCAACAUACAGAAAAGGGAAACUGAACAAAGUUGCACUAAUUCAGUUGUGUGUGUCAGACAGCAAAUGUUACUUGUUUCAUAUUUCUUCUAUGUCAGUUUUCCCUCAGGGCUUAAAAAUGUUGCUCGAAAAUGAAGCAAUUAAAAAGACAGGUGUAGGAAUUGAAGGAGAUCAGUGGAAACUUCUACGUGACUUUGACAUCAAGUUGAAGAGUUUUGUGGAGCUGACAGAUGUUGCCAAUGAAAAGCUGAAAUGUACAGAGACCUGGAGCCUCAAUGGUUUGGUUAAACACCUCUUCAGUAAACAGCUUCUGAAAGACAAGUCUAUCCGGUGUAGCAACUGGAGUAAGUUUCCCCUCACUGAGGACCAGAAACUAUACGCAGCCACUGAUGCUUAUGCUGGUUUCAUCAUUUAUCAAAAAUUAGAAAAUUUGGGUGAUGCUGUACAAAUGUUUGCUAUACAUGAAGAGGAGGAAGUGCUACCUGGUGACGUGAGGAAACAGUUGACUUCAAUCUCCGAGGAGGUGAUGCUUCUGGCUGAGCAUCUUCCUGUUACUUUUGGAAACCUGGAAGACCCACAGAGAGUUUCUUUACUAUUGAAGGAUAUUUCAGAAAAUCUGUAUUCAUUGAGGAAGAUGAUACUUGGUUCUACCGAGAAUGAACUGAGGCCCAGCAGUAAUUUUCACAUAUUACCCUUGGAAGAGCCAGCUGCUGGUGAAGUACAGCAGAAACAAAUUAGAGAACAUAAAUUUUUUACUGAAGAUGAAGAUGAAGAUGAAGAUGAAGCUUGGGACGCAACACCUGAUAAUUUAAUUAAACAUGAUGGAGAAAAUGUACUUGGAAAUGAAGUGAAACAAGAAGAAGAUGGAUUUGAAGAUGGACUAGAAGAGAAGUUGAAAGAGGAUACAGAAAGAGUUUGUUGGAUGUCAUUAGAUAUUACAGAAGACGAACUCCAACAGUUGGAACAGCAGGCUCAGGAAGAGUAUCUUGGUGAUGUUACUUGCACAUCUCCUGAGCAUUUCUCUUCCAAGGAUAACGAAGAGGAUGUAUCUUAUGAAAUUGAGAGUGAUGAAAGUUUAGAAAUGGAGAUGCUGAAGCCUUUUGAAGACCUAAAUGGUGGUGCGGUAGAUCCAAAUCUUUCAGAAUGCAUAGAAAUGGAAAGGAAUCUGGGUCUUCCUUCUGAAGAAGACCAUGAAGAUGAAAAUGAAGCUGUUGACGAGGAAGCAGUUGUUGAUGAAGACUGUUUGUUACCAGGACCUACUGCAAAGCAAAUUAAUUGUCUCAAGACCUACUUUGGCCAUUCUAGUUUUAAGCCGGUUCAGUGGAAAGUGAUUCAUUCUGUAUUGGAAGAAAGAAGAGAUAAUGUUGUUGUCAUGGCAACUGGGUAUGGAAAGAGUUUGUGCUUCCAGUAUCCACCUAUUUAUGUAGGCGGGAUUGGCCUUGUCAUCUCUCCCCUAAUUUCUUUGAUGGAAGACCAGGUGCUCCAGCUUGAAAUGUCCAACAUUCCAGCUUGUUUUCUUGGAUCAGCACAGUCAAAAAAUGUUCUCGAGGAUAUUAAAUUAGGCAAAUACCGGAUUAUAUACAUAACUCCAGAAUUCUGUUCAGGUAACUUGGAGCUACUCUUGCAACUUGAGGCUAAUAUUGGUAUCACGCUUAUUGCUGUGGAUGAGGCUCACUGUAUUUCUGAGUGGGGACAUGAUUUUAGAAGUUCAUUCAGAACUUUGGGCUCCCUAAAGGCAGUACUCCCGUUGGUUCCAAUUGUUGCAGUGACUGCUACUGCAAGUUCUUCAAUCCGAGAAGACAUUGUACGUUGCUUAAAACUGAAGGAUCCUCAGAUUACCUGUACUUCUUUUGAUCGACCAAACUUAUAUUUAGAAGUUGGACGAAAAACAGGAGACAUCCUUCAGGAUCUGAAGCAAUUUCUUGUCCAGAAGACAAGUUCUGUUUGGGAAUUUGAAGGUCCAGCUAUCAUCUAUUGUCCUUCCAGAAAAAUGACAGAACGAGUUACAGCUGAACUUAAGAAACUGAAGUUAGCCUGUGGAACAUACCAUGCAGGACUGAGUGUUAACUUAAGGAAACAAGUUCAUCAUAGUUUCAUGAGAGAUGAAAUUCAGUGUGUCAUAGCUACCAUAGCUUUUGGAAUGGGCAUUAAUAAAGCUGACAUUCGCCAAGUCAUUCAUUAUGGGGCUCCUAAAGAAAUGGAAUCCUAUUACCAGGAGAUUGGUAGAGCUGGCCGUGAUGGACUUCAGAGUUCUUGUCAUGUGCUUUGGGCUCCAGCAGACAUUACCAUGAAUAGGCACUUCCUUAGUGAGAUAGGCAGUGAAAAGUUUCGAUUAUACAAAUUAAAGAUGAUGGCAAAAAUGGAAAAAUAUCUUCAUUCCAGCAAGUGUAGGCGACGAAUCAUCUUGUCUCAUUUUGAAGACAAACAACUACGAAAGGCCUCCUUGGGAAUUAUGGGAACUGAAAAAUGCUGUGAUAAUUGCAGGUCAAGAUUAAAUCAGUGCUUUUCCAUUGAAGACUCAGAGGAUAUGUUACAAGACUAUGGUCCACAAGCAUUCCAGCUUUUAUCUGCUGUGACCAUCUUAGGAGAAAAAUUUGGAAUUGGGCUUCCAAUUUUAUUUCUCCGAGGAUCUAAUUCCCAGCGUCUUGAAGAUAAAUAUCGCAGUCACAAGUUCUUUGGCACUGGCAAGGAUCACACAGAGAAUUGGUGGAGGGCUUUGUCCCAUCAGCUCAUAACUGAGGGAUUCUUGGUAGAAGUUCCUGGGCAAAGGAAAUUUGUAAAGAUUUGCACGCUUACAGAAAAGGGUAGAGGUUGGCUUACUAAAGCUGAAAGAGAAUCUCCUCAGAGACUUAUCCUUCAAGCUAAUGAAGAAUUGUGUCCACAAAAGUUUUCUCCACCAAGUUCUAAAGCUGUGUCUUCAGGCACUGAGCAGCAUUCCUCUAAUCAAGUACGAAUUGAAUUAACUUCAGAGAAGCAGUCUAACUUGAAUAAGAUGUAUUCUUACAAAGCACAUGAUAAAAUUUCUUCUGGGAGUAACAGUCCUACAAAAAGCAUCAUGGUGCCAUCACCAGGAAAAUGUUACAAGUCCUCAGAACCUGUUAUUUCAGCUCAGGAGCAGGAAACUCAGACUAUGUUAUAUCGCAAAUUGGUAGAAGCUAGGCAGAAACACGCGAAUACAAUGAAUGUGCCUCCAGCUAUUCUGGCAACAAAUAAGAUCCUGGUGGAUAUGGCCAAAAUGAGGCCUACUACAGUUGAAAAUUUGAAAAGGAUCGAUGGUGUUUCUGAAGGCAAAGCUACGAUGUUGGCCCCUCUGUUGGAAGUCAUCAGACAUUUCUGUCAAUUAAAUAGCAUUCAGACAGACUUCUUUUCAAGUACACAACCACAAGAAGAACAGAAGAGAAGUGUGGUGGUGAGAAAUAACACAGGCUUCCUUUCACAGUCUGCGGCCAUCACAUAUUCUUUAUUCCAAGAAAAGAAAAUGUGUUUGAAGAGGAUAGCUGAGAACAGGGUUCUGCCUCUCACAGCGGUUGGCAUGCACUUGUCCCAAGCGGUGAAAGCUGGCUACCCACUGGAUCUGGAGCGAGCAGGCCUGACUCCAGAGAUUCAGAAGAUGAUUGCUGAUGUCAUCCGAAACCCUCUCAUCAACUCAGAUAUAAAUAAAAUUCAACUAAUUAGAAUGUUUAUUCCUGAAAACAUUGACAUCUACCUUAUCCACAUGGCAAUUGGGGUCCUGGAAAAAGAUUGCACCAACAGAAUGCUAUGCCAAUCUUCAUGUGAUUCCAACAAAAAGAGAUGUUUCCCCAACUCUGAAGAGAGCUGUUCAGAUUCUAAGAGAAGCAAGAAAGAAGUGGGCACUAAUACCAAGGUUGAUGGGAAACAUUGUUACGAUUUUUCACUGAAAGAUGAGAGUCACAGAAAUUCACUGAAACUAACUUCCUGGAAUCAGCCAUUCAACAAUCCAGAAAGAGAAGAUUUACUUACAGAUUCUCAUUCACAGACUUCAUCUGAAGCCUCGAAGAGAAAAUUACCUGGGUGGUUUGCUGAAGGAAAUGAGACCUUACCUGAUGCCAGCACAAAAUCAACGGCCAAAACAAAAAAGAAGGGUAUUUUUAGUUAAACUGGCAACUACCAGAGGAAUUAUGUAUCUUGCUGUAUUAUAAGAGGGAAGCAGUAUUUCAUUUCUGAAAAGAGUGGGGAGUAAUAUUUUCAUUUAAAAAUUAUUCUAAUCUGAAAGUAAAAGUGUUUUUGAACAGCUCAUGUCUUAAAACAGCCUUGUGCAGUUCACAUAAAGUUGAGUCUUCUGAGAGCCUGAGUACCUCAUAGAACAGAAUCUUAAGUUAGCUUUCUAUGAGAUUGCUUUAAGAAAUCAUGUUACUGCCCUGUUUUCUAAUCUCUUUACUUAUUUCAAUACUAUGUUUGGAAUAUGUAAUGUGCGGUGAUUUAAUAUAGAUAACAGAUUAGCAGUUGUAAGUGAUUAUGUGUGUAAUAUAAAGUAUUCCUAUAUUACCAAAUUCUAUCUCAUAAAUGAAGAACGCAUACUUAUUUUACAAAUUCUUUUUUCUAUUGUUAGAAGAAACUCUUAUAUACAUUCUAAAAUGGUAUUAGUGGACCAGAUCAGUGAAACUGAAACAUUUCAGGUUGUGUGUAAAUAGAGAAAAAAAUAUAACAAAGGAGACCAGUUGCACUAGACAACUGUGGACUUUGUAUUUUAUAUAUGAUUUCUAUUAUUUUUCAAAUAAUAAAAAGUCCUGAGUACUGAAUAUUAUAAAGAUAUAUAUACAUUUUUUUAAACUUUUGUAUACUUAAUUACCUUGAGCACCUUUAUUUUGAUGAUGUUGGGAUUUGAUUUUUAAUAUCUCUAAUACCUGCUAAUAUCUCUUUACGUAGAACAUGUAAGUGAAAUAUACAAAACAUACUGACACUGAAUUGAUAUAACUUUAAGCAGUUCACCAUAUGGCAUUUAAUUGACUUUUUUUGUAAAUAAAAACAACUGUCGUUAAUAAAGAAGAAAUAUAUGUUGUAGAAAAAUUAGAAAAUCCAGAAAAGUGAAAAAAAGAAAAUAAAAUCACAUAAGUUCCACUGGUAGGUAAUCAGUUUACCCCUUUCAUAUAUCCUGCCAAGUCUUAUAUUCACUUCUUUUCUUAGUUUGUUACAUGAAUAAUAUGUGAAUGAAUAUUAUUUGUAAAGCAUUCAAACUAUACUUAAAACAUAAAAGUUCCCCCGGGUUCUCAUUUCCCCACAUCCCAUUACCAGCCCCUUUCCAUAAGGUAACUCAUAUUGAAUGUGUGACAUAUAGUUCUCUAGUCAUUUCUUCUGCAUUUACAUGCCUCUCUGCAUGUGUAGCCACACAUACAUUCUUGGUUUUUAAUUUGUGUUUUUAUAUUGAAGUAUAGUUGAUUUAAAAUAUUAUAAUUGUUUCAGGUGUACAACAUAGUAAUUCAAUAUUUUUAUAGAUGAUACUCCAUUUAAAGUUGUUAUAAAGUAUUGGCUGUAUUCCCUGUGCUAUACAAUAUGUUCUUGUAGCUUAUUUAAUUUAUAUAUAGUAGUUUGUUUUUCUUUCUCUGUGUGUUUUAUUUCACUGAACAUAAUACCCUCCAGGUCCAUCCAUGUUGUUGCAAAUGGCAGGAUUUCAUUCUUUUUUUAUGGCUGAGUAAUAUUCCACUGUCACUAUUUGCAGAUGAUGUGAUAUUUAUAUAUAGAAAAUGCCAAAGCCUCCACCACAAAACUGUUGGAACUGAUAAAUGAAUUCAGUAAAGUUGCAGGAUGCAAGAUUGAUGUAUAGAAAUCUGUUGCUUUUCUAUACACUAAGAAUGAGCUAUUAGAAAGAGAAAGUAAGAAAGCAGUCUCAUUUAAAAUUGCCCAGAAUAAAAUACCUAGGAAUAAACUUAACCAAGGAGAUAAAAGACCUAUACUCUGAAACCUAUAAAACAUCGAUGAAGGAAGUUGAAGAUGUUACAAAAAAUGGAAAGAGAUCCUGUGUUCAUGGAUUAGAAUGUUAAAGUGUCCAUACUACCUAAAGCAGUCUACAGAUUUAAUGCAGUCCCUAUCAAAAUAUCCAUGACAUUUUCCUCAGAAAUAGGACAAAUAAUCCUUAAAUUUACAUGGAACUACAAAAGAUUCUGAUUAACCAAAGCAAUUCUGAGAAAAAAGAACAAAGUUGGAGGUGUCACACUCCCUGACUUCAGACUAUACUACAAAGCUACAGUCAUCAAAACAGUGCUGUACUGGCACAAAAACAGACACGUAGGUCAAUGGAACAGAACAGAGAGCCCAGGAAUAAACCCAUGCUCUAUGGUCAAUUACUCUAUGACAAAGGAGGCAAGAAUAUACAAUGAGGAAAGUAUAGUCUCUUCAAUGAAGUGGUGCUGGGAACACUGGACAGCUACAUGUAAAAGAGUGAAAUUAAAAUAUUUUCUCACAGCAUAUACAAAAGUAAGCUCAAAAUGGAGUAAAGACCUAAUUGUAAGACCAGGAUCCUUGAAACUCCUAGAAGAAAACAUAGGCAGAACACUCUUUCACAGAAAUCUUUUAUUUUUUUUUAAAAACACAAAUGAGAUCAUACUGUAUGCAAUUUUCUGCAACAGAGUUUUUUUUAUUUAAUCUAUCAUGAAGAUCUUUUCAUGUCAGUAUAUGCAUAUUGGUCUAUCUGAUUGUUUUUUACAGCUAUCUACUAAGCUAUUUGGUGAAUAUACUAUAAUUUAUAUAAUUUUCUAUUGGUGAUUUUGUCAUUUUUC